AUGUUAUUAACUUGGUCAUCUUUUAAUAAUAUAAGGAUGCUCUUAAUGGCUUGUAUGCCUGUGAUAAUAUUUUAUUUGGUAUGGUUAGUUAAUACAUCGGAAGCAGUUAGGAGUGAUGAAGGAACACUAUUAGAUUUAAUUUGUUGGCCCGAUGGAAAUGCAAUUCCUGUGAUAAUUGCUUGUGGAUCGAUAAUAGCCGUUGUAAUUGAGUUUUAUGGCCUGUAUCAAUUAUUUAAAGCUGGUCUACAUAAAAGAGAGUAUAAUGUCACAAAUGGUUUAUUUUAUUACGUGUGGGCAUUGAUAACAAUAAUAAUUAUAUUUCUAGCAAUAAUGUUUUAUUCUGGACUACAAUCUACAAUUAUAAGAGCAAAAAUAAAAGGAGGUAUAACGAAAGCAAUGCUUCGCUAUGCAACUCAUUUACCGUCUAAAGUUGCAAUUGAUAGAUUACAAACACGUUUCCAUUGCUGUGGUAGAGUUAAUUACCAAGAAUGGUUUUUUAUACCGUGGUAUAACGCCGGACAAAAUAUGGACCCAAUUAUACCUUCGGUUCAGAAGUUUGUAUCAGAUAAUGUACCGUAUAGCUGUUGUUCAAUGGAUGUCAUGUGGCCUUGUAUACACCACGGUGUCACGAAGAUAGGGAAAAUUUACAAGUAUGAUCCAGAAAAACAACUAACAAUUUGGAGAGAUGGCUGCGAGGAGAAGUUGAUUGAGGAAAUGAUGACAAUAUCUUGGAGAUUCAACGCUGUCAUGUUCCUAAUAAUAAUAGCCAUGAUUUCCCAGAUAGUAGCGGUGCGAUAUCUUCACACGGCGUAUAAAAACGGCCUCCACGUUGGUAAUCAAACGCCAUGCAGCGCAUAUUUGUUGCGAUCUGACACAGAUACAAAAAUCGAGGACGUUCCUAAACGGAAGCAAUUAAAAAAAAGAAAGUUUCGUCAAGCGCGAACCUUACAGUGGGUCACGGCUGCGUCACACAAAAAGAGGUUGAUAACCUCAUCGGUAUCAGAUUUCAGCUCGGAUGAAUUAUUAAAACCAAUAUAUGAAUAA